AUAUCUUCAGCUGUUUUGAAAAUGAUAAGUAAAACUGGAAUUUCAGCAUCGCUGAUUAGGAUCGCCCUGUCCGAAGCACCUUUACAUAAUGGCUAAGCGACAGACUUGGGAGCAGAUGCGCCAGAUCUUUGUCCAGGCGGUAAACGCCGUGCAUCCCGAAAAGGUAUUCGCUGACUUCCAAAAGUUCGAUUUGCGGCCUCAAAUCGGGGAAAACGCAGCGGAUAUGUCCAUAAAACUCAAUGGAGAGCGCCAGGACAUCAGCGGGAAGACCUGCCACAUAGUGGGGUUUGGCAAAGCAGUCCUGGGAAUGGCCAACAAAGUCCAGCAGGAUUUGGGAGCCACCUCGGCCGGUGGAGUCCUCAGUGUCCCGGUAAACACCCUGAAGCAGUUUAAGCAACCGGUGGCACCUGGCUUGGUUGUCCACGAAGGAGCAGCCAACAAUCUGCCGGAUGAGAAUGCUCUCAAGGCAGCACGGGAAAUCAAGCAGCUGGCCGAGAAGAUGACCGACCAGGACAUCCUCUUCGUCUUUAUCUCCGGUGGCGGUUCUGCUCUUUUGCCCCUGCCCCGGUCACCUUUGACGCUGGAGGACAAGCGCAGCAUAGCGGAUAAGCUCAUGAAGCGGGGAGCCAGCAUCCAGGAGAUCAAUACUGUCAGGAUUGCUUGCUCGGACAUCAAGGGAGGUCGCUUGGCCAGGUUGGCCGGCCAGGCGGGACUUCUGGUGACCUUUGUGCUCAGCGACAUCAUCGGUGAUCCCCUGGAGCUGAUUGCCUGCGGUCCCACAAUCCAACCCGAGGCGGCAGCAUCCCCAUCCGACAUCCUUAAGAAGUAUAAUGUGUGGGAAGAGCUGUCCCCCGAGAUUCGGCGGGUCUUUGAGCAGCCGGAGGAGCAGAAGAACACAUCUCUGCCUGAGCACAAGGUCUUUGUAGUGGGCAGCAAUGUGAUUGCCACUUCCACAGCGGCUCAUGAGGCCGAAAAGCUGGGCUACAUUCCCUGCGUGCUCAGUUGUGCUGUUCAGGGAGACGUGGCUCAAGUGGCUGGCGACUAUCAGAGAUUACUGCACGGUAUCCAGGAGGCCAAACAGCAGGGCAUACUGGAUCCACAACUCAGGGAGAAGUUCGCCUUUGGGGAGAGGUGUUAUCCGGCUUUUCGGAGGGCACUAGAGGAGCACAUGGGCAGCAAGAAGCCACUGUUCCUGAUCUGUGGAGGAGAGCCAGUCAUUAAAGUUUCUGGCCAAGGAUUGGGCGGCAGAAGCCAGCACUUGGCCCUACUGAUGUCGCAGGCUCUCUACCGCGACGAGGCCAUGCGGGACUGCACCUUCCUGAGCGCCGGAACCGAUGGCAUCGAUGGACCAACCGAUGCGGCCGGAGCUAUUGGAGACAGCAGCGUGGUGGAAUCCUAUCUGGGUGAUCACACCCUCGAUGAACUGGCAGAAAGGCUGCGGAACUGCGACAGCUACAACUUUUACAAGAAUCUCGCGCAGGGAGAGCACCACGUGCUCACUGGACACACGGGUACCAAUGUGAUGGAUCUGCAUUUCCUGGUCGUGCCGUAGUGUAACUCCCCCGCUCGCCGAUAAAUCCAUUUAGUUGUAUAUAUAUGUACAUAUGUGGGGCAGUUCGUUAAUGGAGCUGCUCUUGAACCGCAGACGGGCAAUAGUCGUUUAAAUUUGUUUUUACGAUUUUCCUCUUUAAUUUUGCUCUAUGAAAUUUUUACGACUUUUUUCAUUAACAUUUUUAAUAUCCAUUCAAAUUCAAAUAAUUUUGUGAUCUUUAUGCUCUGAGACGGUCUUCAGUGACAGCAUAAAACGGCAAUUAGCUUUCGUCUCCGGUUAUGAAAUCAGCCUGGAAUUGUCUUGAUUGUAAUUAUGUGGCAGGCAAUAGGCAAACCGAACGAUAGAUGUGAUAAAUCAAUUUGUAUAUGCGAUCACCACGGAGCAUAAAUAUAUCUGAGUAAUUUCCAUUUAAUUUCCAUUUCUUUUGUACUGCGUCUCAUAAAAAUGCGCUGCUAAUAAAUCAUCUUAAUUGUUCGAAACGCCAAAGGCAAACAGUAGCCAGCGAGCAACUACAACAAUA